UGCAACGGCAGGCCGGCAGCGGCAGCUGACCAGUGACCGACCACCCCCACACCGCUCCGGCGCCCCAAUCCUCUCCCUCUUCUUUUUCACUACUACUACUGUACUGCACGGUCGCCAAGCGCCAGAACGCAGUGGAGAACGGGGGGCAGGACUCCAACAAGCGUUGAUUUCUACCGGCACGGGCACGGGCACGGGCACGGGCGUCCACCCUCACGCACCCUGCGUCUUUUCCGGCUGCCGCUGCUGGCUGGCUGGCUCUGGCUCACAGCUACAGGCUACAGUGACCGCCACGCAACCCACACUGUCUCUGUCCUCGUCUCCCUCUCCCCUCCUAGCUCUAGCUGGAUAGGUGGGCUCUGGGGAGGAGGAGGAGGGUAGCUAGGUAGUAGCUGCCUAUAGGCCUCGGCCCCCAUUCAUGGCCAUUACCACGAUGUGUCACCCCACCACACCGCCCUCUCCGAUGCUGCCUCCCUCAUGAUAACCCUCUCCCUGGUGGUUGUUCUUUGCCUUGUUGCCGUGCAGCCUCCACCCCCACCCUCCUCAUUAAUCACUUGCUAGCUCCCUGCCUCCCUCCCGGCUCCCGCUCCCCCUUCUCGUGCUUCGCGCCCCCGCAGCAGCCAUGGCGGGGAUCGACCUCAACGACACCGUGGAGGAGGACGAGGAGGAGGCGGAGCCCGGCAACGCCUGCUCCCAGCAGAGCCGGACCAGCUCCGCGGCCACGUUCCCGCCGCCGCCGCCGAACCAGCCGAGGCCGAGCGCCGCGGUGUGCCUCGAGCUGUGGCACGCCUGCGCCGGCCCCGUCGCGCCGCUGCCGAGGAAAGGGAGCGUCGUGGUGUACCUCCCGCAGGGACACAUCGAGCACCUCGGCGACGCCGCGGCCGCCGGCGGAGGCGCGCCGCCGCCCGUCGCCCUGCCGCCCCACGUCUUCUGCCGCGUCGUCGACGUCACUCUCCAUGCGGACGCGUCCACGGACGAGGUGUACGCCCAGCUCGCCCUCGUCGCCGAGAACGAGGAUGUCGCGAGGCGGCUGCGCGGACGGUCGGAGGACGGCAGCGCCGAGGACGGCGACGAAGGGGAAACCGUGAAGCAGCGGUUCUCGCGGAUGCCGCACAUGUUCUGCAAGACGCUCACGGCCUCCGACACCAGCACGCACGGCGGCUUCUCCGUGCCACGCCGCGCCGCCGAGGACUGCUUCCCGCCUCUGGACUACAGCCAGCAGCGACCGUCGCAGGAGCUUGUGGCCAAGGAUUUGCACGGAACCGAGUGGAGGUUCCGCCACAUUUAUCGAGGGCAGCCCCGCAGACACCUUUUAACCACUGGAUGGAGUGCCUUUGUCAACAAGAAGAAGCUUGUCUCAGGGGACGCCGUACUAUUUUUGAGGGGUGAUAAUGGGGAGCUAAGACUUGGAGUGCGCCGUGCAGCUCAGCUUAAAAAUGGAUCUGCUUUUCCAGCUCUUUAUAACCAGUGCUUAAAUCUUGGUUCACUACCUAAUGUUGCACAUGCUGUGGCCACCAAAAGUGUGUUCCACAUCUACUACAACCCCAGAUUAAGCCAAUCUGAAUUCAUUAUACCAUUUUCGAAGUUUAUCAAGAGCUUCAGUCAACCAUUUUCUGCUGGUUCGAGGUUCAAAGUGAAAUAUGAGAGUGAUGAUGCUUCUGAAAGAAGAUGCACAGGGAUCAUAGCAGGAAUUGGUGAUGCUGACCCCAUGUGGCGUGGUUCGAAAUGGAAAUGUUUGAUGGUUCGAUGGGAUGACGAUGUAGAUUUUCGUCAACCAAACAGGAUUUCUCCUUGGGAGAUUGAGCUGACUAGUUCAGUUUCAGGAUCUCACAUGUCUGCACCAAAUGCAAAGAGACUGAAACCAUGUCUUCCCCAUGUUAAUCCAGACUACCUAGUUCCAAAUGGAAGCGGUCGUCCUGAUUUUGCGGAAUCUGCCCAAUUCCACAAGGUCUUGCAAGGUCAAGAAUUACUGGGUUAUAGAACUCAUGACAAUGCUGCUGUUGCAACUUCUCAGCCAUGCGAAGCAACGAACAUGCAGUACAUUGAUGAACGAAGUUGCUCCAACGAUGCGAGUAACAUUAUCCCGGGGGUUCCAAGAAUUGGUGUCAGAACACCACUCGGAAGCCCUAGGUUUUCCUACCGUUGCUCAGGCUUUGGGGAGUCUCCAAGAUUCCAAAAGGUCUUGCAAGGUCAAGAAGUAUUUCAUCCCUACAGAGGAACUCUGGUCGAUGCAAGCUUGAGUAAUAGUGGCUUCCAUCAGCAAGAUGGUUCUCAUGUGCCUACUCAGGCCAGCAAGUGGCACGCACAGCUACAUGGAUGUGCUUUUCGUGGCCAACAAGCACCAGCUGUUCCAUCUCAAUCCUCAUCCCCACCAUCUGUCCUGAUGUUUCAACGAGGUGAUCCAAAGAUGUCCCCAUUUGAAUUUGGGCAUUUCCACGUGAAUAAGAAAGAGGAUAGACGCGCAAUGUUUGUCCAUGCUGGAGGCAUCGGAGGAACUGAGCAAACGACGAUGCUCCAGGCUCAUCAUGUUUCUGGAGGAACGGGAAACAGAGAUGUGACCGUUGAGAAAUCUCAUCCCGCUGUUGCCGCUGCUUCAGACAACAGGGAAGUUAGCAAAAACAGUUGCAAAAUAUUUGGCAUAUCUUUGACCGAGAAGGUUCCAGCAAUGAAAGAAAAGGGCUGUGGUGACAUCAACACCAACUAUCCAUCCCCCUUCCUGUCUUUGAAGCAACAAGUGCCGAAAUCGCUGGGCAACAGCUGUGCCACCGUUCAUGAGCAGAGGCCUGUUGUUGCUAGGGUGAUUGACGUUUCAACAGUGGAUAUGAUGAUCUGAUGUAUUGGAAAACUGUCCUGGAGGCUGUGUUGCGUAGUGUGGACAGUGUCGGUUUGAUGGUUCGGUAUCGUGAAGACGGGAUUUGAUUGAGGAUCUGGCCAGAUUUGUAUCCUAGUUGUAGCUGUUAGAGCACUUUGUAUGACAACCGUGAGUGCUCCGUGUUAUCAGCACUAGUUGCUGCUCACAACUUGCCUCUAUGUUCAUAAUCUGUAUGCCAUGUCAGACCCAUUUAUAGAGGGUUUGUUUGCUUGGCAUAGUUCUAGACUUAAAGCAUUAUUAUGAGAACAAAUUUGCUCUGCACCGUAUCUUUCUUA